AUGGCAGCUAGCGGGUCCCCGUCUCCAACUAUCGCGGAGCUCAAAGGCUGCAAGCCGCGCGCUUGCGCCAUUCAGUCAUGUCUGAAACGCAACGACUACCAAUCCAGCAGAUGUACCUCCCCUAUUCGUCUCCUGCACGAGUGCUGCAUGAAGCUGCAAGUCGUAGGCACGACCUCUCCGCACUGCGCUGCUGUGGACGCGCUUCUACCCGGGAAGGAACUGGCGGAAGGAAAGCCAGCGGAGGGUUUUCGGAAGGAGAACGGCGAUUGA